GAUAUCUAUGAAGGUCAAUUUAUUAUUAUUUACCAGUUUUUUUAAAGGUACAAACCGGCGUCUGAACACAAUUUCAGAAUUUACAUCCCACUCACUUACUAAUCAAAACAAAUUUAGAGGUUACUUAUUAUACAUAUUAUUAAUUGUUCACUGGUUUAUACUGCAAUACUUGAAGAAAAUGUGGAAAACUUUAGUUUUUGAAGGGAACUAUUACUUGUUUAAAGUUAUAUCAGCAAAUGAAGAGGUUACUAUUUAUAUAUCAGACUUACAGAGUAUUUGGAGAAAGCAAACAAGCAAUGAACAUCUACAGCAAAUAUUUAAGCAAACAAACACAUUAUUAGAUCAUGAAGCACCUUCUGUCCACAAUAUUUAUUUAUUGAUGUUAAAUGAGAAGAACCUUGAAAAUCUAACAUUUGAUGCUGAUAGCAAUGAAUGUAGCUUAAAAUUCAAGUAUUUUAUUGAUGAAUUGCCUGUGAAAUUAAACAUUAAACUCCAGAAACAAGCAGGCACUGAUUACCUAAAUCAAAUUACCAUUCCCUUAGUUCAAACUGUACAAUAUUUGGAAUUUAAACAGAAGAAGCUGGAAACAUUACUAUGCCAAAAGGAUAAAGAACUGUCAGAGUAUAAGUUUGAAUAUGGCAAAAUUUCUAGAAAAAUUUUAAACACCGAAAAGUAUGAAGCUGAUAGAGAAAUGAAAACAAAUUUGGUACUAAAAGUGUUUUCAGAGGACAACGAUUUUAAUAGAUUGUUUGCUGAGAAACAUGGAGAUAUACAACAAUUAUUUCCAGAAAUUAAGGAAGAGAAGAAACCAGAGAAAAGAAAGCUGGAAUUGGCACCAAAUGUAAUGCAUUAUAAGUUGCAUUUGACAGUUGCUUGAACUCAAAAGGUCAAUAUUUUCUUGAAGGAAGUUGAUUGGUAUUUGUGGUAUUUCUAAUAAAAUAUUACAUCAAA